AUGGCACAGAAAGUUGUCAUUUUUUAUGCUACUGUGUGGUGUAUCGGAUUAUCAAAUGCUAAUCCAGGAUUUAUACCUUCCGGAUUGUCAAAUUUCGGAGAGGUAUCACAUAUUAGUGAUGGAAACCAUGUAGUAGACCCUUCAACUGUUAUAGAUACUAAUGGACAAAAAUAUACCGAAUUUGCAUCUGAUAAUAUACCUAGUAACAAAGGAAGUUUUAAUCUACCUGACGCGUCUAGUACGAGUAUUGAUUCUUCGGGAUUGAGUUAUGGUACAGAUCUGGCUCGAAGUGGCACUAAAAAUAGUAAUUUAGGGUCCGGUUUUAGCAAUGCAGCAUAUUUACCCAAUAUAAAAACAGCUUCUCAUAAUGAUAAUCUUCAUAGUGGUUCAGGACAUGAUUAUGAGCAAUCUAGUAAGAAUUCAGAGAUACCUGAACAAUAUGGAACUAAUUCUCAUAGGACAAAUGAUGGCCCAUCUGAUCAGUAUAGAACUGAUUACCAUGAAUCGAAUGAUCGCUUAUCUGGUCAAUUUGGAAAUGACCGCCGUGGGCUGGAUGAUCGCUCAUCUGAUCAGUAUGGAACUAACUCCCAUGGGUUAUCUGACCAUUCAUCUGAUCAUCAAAAUGCUGAUAAUUAUGAUGGAAAAUAUGAUGAUCAAACUUCACAUAAUCCACGAUCAGCAUACGAAGAAUCGAGUACUGGAAAUUCCUAUGAAAGUCACAGCGUCGGAGAAGAAACAAUAAAUGCUGAUAAUGAUAUUGAAGACGUUACUAAUGGCAAUGUUCUGAUCUUUCUGGUAUUGGCGGUGGUUUGCCAGGUAUGGAUAGCAUUCCCGGUAUUGAUGCCGGGCUGCCUGGGAUAG